AUGGCGGAGCAGGUGGCCGCGGUUUCCGUCGGGAAGGAGGCGGCGGGCGAGGCGGAGCGCAGGGCGACGGUGACGGCAAUGCCUCAGCGCGCGCCUGCGAGCAAGAGCGCGGCCCAGGGCGGGUCGUCCGGCGCGGGCAAGGGCGCGUUCAAGCGCGGGUUCUUCGACGCGCCGAAGAAGACCAAGGCAGCGAGCCAGAAGGGCGAAGACAUGCCGUUCGUGAAGGCGCAGAGGGGCGCGAUGGGCAGCAGCGGCGCGGGCGGGCUGGGCGGCAAGGCCGAGAAGGCGAUCCCGGACUUCAUGCGCGUGGAGCAGGAGCCGGUGCCGGGGCUCGAGGAGGUCAAGCAGAAGGUCACCGAGGCGAUGAAGCCCACGAAGGACAUGAUGGGGCAGGUGAUGUCGGACGCGAAGCUGAUGGCGGGGUUCGACGACCCGGAGGUCAUGGCGGCGGUGCAGGACGUCGCGAGCAACCCCGGUGCCAUUUCAAAGUACAAGGACAACAAAAAGGUGCUGGAGUUCUACCAGGCCAUGGCCGGGCUGGUCGGGGACCGGCUCACGAAGACGGGUGAGCAGCAGGACGCGCAGCGGGGGCAGGGCGGGGCGCAGCCCGCGCCGCCGCCGAGGCCCGCGCCUCAGCCACAGCCCGCGCCGCAGCGGGAGGGGAGUCAGGGCAAGCGGGAGGUGUUGGGGGAGUCCACGAAGUCGCCGUUCGCAUUCAGCUUCGGUGGAGGCGGGAAGCCGAAGGGCGGCGGCCGCGCGUCCGGGCAGGGGCCGGGGGGGUCUCAACAAACCGGGAGGGGGGUGCCCAUCGUCAUCGAGGACGUCACGUCCGAGGCAACGCGGCCGCAGGGCGCGCCGGCGAAGAGCAGCGGCGUGCUCAUCCAGGAGCUGGACUAG